AUGGGCUUCACAACCGGCUUCACAGGAGGCGUGACUCUCACCCUCUCGAUAGCCUACCUCACAGUCCUCGCCCACCAGCGCAACCGCGAACAACAAGCCGCCAUCCUGCGUCAGCAGACCCGCCUCCUCUCCGGCGUCGUCGACCCUCUACCCCCCGCGCUCCCGCCCACGCGCGCCGAGCUCGCCGCAGCCGAGCGCGCGAACCUGAUCGAGACCGCCAAGGACCGCUGGAACGCCGAGGUCGAGUCCGCCGUCCGCUGGGCCCAGAACAAGGACUGGGAGGGGACGCGCGACGGGCUCGAGGGCGCCAUCGGCCGCGCCUGGACCCGCUUCUUCGGCGAUGCGCAGCAGCAGGCCCAGGAAGGCGUGCGGAACGCCGAGCAGAAGACCGAGGCCGCGGUCAGGAAUGCGGCGGACAGGGCCAGGGGAGAGCUGCAGAGAGAUGCGGCUGCGUCGAAGCGGCAGGCUGAGAACGUGGCUGGAGGCGUAGCCGCGGCUGCGAAGAGCGCGUACGCUGAUGCGAAGGUCAGGGGCGCUGAGGCGGUGAGCAAGACUGAGGACAAGGCUCAGGAGGCCCGUGGCUCGGUUCUGGAUGCUAUUGGCAAGGGCAUCGAUAAGGGGAGGGAGGUCUUUGGCAAGGCGAGGUCGGCCGUGGUCGAUGCGGAAGACAAGGUUGAGACGAAGCUGGCCGAUAAGCUGCCGCCUACGUCUCCGGCUGAGAAGGCCCUGAGACAGCGGUAUGAGGAGACCCCGCGUGGCCUGGACCGGACUGCGGAGGAGGUGUUGGCGGCAAGGUACAUCCCGGUUGACAACAAGGACAACACCAACCUGAAAGCGUUAUAG